AUGACCAGCGCCACCAUCACAUCGUCAAACGAUACAGCUACAUCUAAGAGCACCACCACGAGAGCACUGACAAGCAGUACAGCUACAAGUGCUAACUCUGGAACUGGUGCUCCCGUGAGUAGUACCCUUUCUGCGACUGGCAUCUCUGGCACUGAUACGUCCGUGACGACGGCGAGCAGCUCCACCACCGCACUGACCAGCAGUACAGCUACCACUGGUAGCCACUCCACCUUUGCGACCUCUGGGACUGUAACAUCUGAGACGGAGACCUCUGGGACUGGAACCUCUCUAACGAGGACCUCUGGGACCGAUACCACUGUGACUGGUACACCAGGGACUGCCACAUCGGGCACUGUCUCUUCUGUGACCAGUACUUCUGGAGCAGACACCUCUGUGAAUGUCACUGGCACUGAGACGAUCACUACGAUCGGCACGAGAACCGCGACGAUCACUACGACGAUGGCCGCGAGUACAUCGACGAUCACUACGGCUCGCACGGCUACUUCAGCGCGCAUGAUGAUCACUGCGACAGGUACGGAUACAAUCACGAUAAUGAGCGAGACGUCGAGCGUCACCACUUCGGUCAGCGGUACGGCCAGUGGAACCGGUGCUACUACGACAGGCAGUACCACUUCCACGACCACUCUCCAGACCGAGACCGUGACAAUGAUGGUGGAACAUGUGGACUACGACUCGCUCACGGCCAACGAGACACUCAUGGACUCGUUUAAGCUUGCUUGCGCCGAGGCAGUUGCCACGCAGGCGGGCGAGGGUAUCUCGGCCAGCGAUGUGGAGGUGACAGUGAUCGACGGCUCUGUGAUCGUGGUGGCCCUCAUCAGAGUGCCGAACAGUAUCGACGUGAGCUCCGUGACCAGCAACCUGAGCUCCUUCGAUGCUCUCGCCGACGCGGUGGUCCAGAGCGUGAAGUCCGUGCCUGGCAUCGCGACCGUCCAGACAGGUAAAAUUGGCGUCGUCCAGCUGACAACCACCACGCUUGCCAGCAACGAAGCGAAGGACACCAGCUCCGCUGGCAUUGGCAUUGUGAUGACAGUCCUGUCGAUCCUCUGCGCUGGCGGGGUGUUUGGGGCGGUCCUCGCGCGGAGCACCAGGACAGGCCCCAGCGAGCCUACGCCCAUCGAGUUCUUCGCGAUCUCUCCCAAGAGUUCUGACUGCAAGGUGUCGGAUCCUCUGACGUUCUCUGCGCAUGCUGCUGCCGAGGAGAAGCGGCAGAGGUGGGCCGCGCCGAGGGCGACGACGGCGGGCGGGACGAGCGCGCCCGGCGACGCGCGGGCACCGCUCCCCCGCGAGCUUCCCGGGGCGCUGCCGGGCUCGCGCCUCGCCGCUGCCGGGCAGCAGCCGGGCGCAGAGCAGGACCUCAGCAUGGUGCCGGUGGAGGGCGACGCGGAGGACGCAGACUGCGCUCCCUGGAACGGCACUGGAGAACUCUCGGCCGGGGAGACCGAGUCCACGGUCCACGGGGUGCCCGACGAGGUGGUGAGUGACCAGUCCUGCAUGCCAUCGCAGUGA